CGUGGUGGCAGUGUCUUCGUAACAUGAUAGUAGUUCCCGCAAGUGCAGUCGCACUAGUUGGUAUUCCCCUGCGUCUAUCACCAGUUUCGCUGUUGUUCGGUUGCCUGGCCUGCCUGUCUACUCUCGCACGGUACAGUGAUGGCGGACAGUGCGAGCGAGAGCGAUACCGAUGGCGCCGGGAGCAGUUCUGCUACCCCUCUAUCUUCCACCGCCUCAACAUCUAGCAAGCCGGGUAUACUGAUAUCCCAGUUUCGCCUGGAAGAGCUUACGAACCGCCUGGCCUCGCUACAGCAAGAGAACAAAGUGCUGAAAAUCGAGCUGGAAACGUUCAAACUCAAAUGCAAAGCACUGCAAGAGGAGAAUCGAGACUUGCGAAAGGCUAGCGUUACCAUUCAAGCCAGAGCAGAACAAGAAGAAGAGUUCAUCUCUAACACGCUGUUCAAAAAGAUCCAGGCGCUGCAGAAGGAGAAGGAGACCCUUGCUGUCAACUAUGAGAAAGAAGAGGAGUUCCUCACCAAUGAUCUGUCACGGAAGCUCAUGCAGCUUCAACAUGAGAAGGCCGAGCUGGAGCAGCACCUGGAACAGGAGCAGGAGUUCCAGGUGAACAAACUCAUGAAGAAGAUCAAGAAGCUGGAGAACGACACCAUCUCCAAACAGCUCACACUCGAGCAGCUGCGGCGGGAGAAGAUUGACCUGGAGAACACACUGGAACAGGAGCAGGAAGCGCUGGUCAACCGACUGUGGAAGCGCAUGGACAAGCUGGAGGCAGAGAAGAGGAUUCUGCAGGAGAAGCUGGACCAGCCAGUCUCUGCCCCGCCGUCGCCACGGGAUAUCUCCAUGGAGGUGGACUCUCCGGAGAACAUGAUGCGCCACAUCCGCUUCCUGAAGAGCGAGGUGGAGCGCCUCAAGAGGGGCCUCCGCACCACCGAGAUGCAGCACACAGAGAAGCGUGCUCAGUACAUAGAGGAGGAGCGACACAUGCGAGAGGAGAACAUCAGACUGCAGAGGAAACUCCAGAGAGAGAUGGAGCGCAGAGAAGCACUGUGCAGACAGCUAUCAGAGAGCGAGAGCAGCCUGGAGAUGGACGAUGAGAGGUAUUUUAAUGAGAUGUCUGCUCAGGGUCUGCGGGCACGCACCGUCUCCAGCCCCAUCCCCUACACCCCCUCCCCCAGCUCCAGCCGACCCAUCUCCCCCGGUCUGUCGUAUGGCAGUCACACAGUGGGGUUCACACCUCCAGCCACCCUGAGCAGAGCCCCCCUCCCCCACUACACACCCCCAGGCCUGCACGUCCACCCCGGGUCCUCCCACGGCAUCCAGAGGCCUUCCCCACGGAGAAGCAACAGUCCAGACAAAUUCAAGCGCCCCACCCCUCCUCCGUCCCCGAAUACUCACUCAGGGGCGCAGCAUCCUCCCCUGCCUCCCCCACCGGCCCAGCCCAUGGUCCAGUCGCCCACGGUGCCGCCAGCUAGCACACAGCACCCGCUGCAAGCGCCCUUUCAGCCUUAAUGCAUGCACAGGACCACGCUAGGCUAGGCUAAGCUAAGCUAGGUUAAGCCAUGCUAGACUAUGCUAAGCUAGGCUAGUGCAGCUAUUUAGCAGUUACUCAUGGGGGCAAAGGUCAUUGGCGUGGCCGGGGACAGGAACAGGACACAUUUGGGUUUCUGGCAUGGCACUGAGACGGGCUGACUUGGGAGUUGCGAGUCGGCAGACUGGGACUGGUGUUUUUUUUUGUUUGUUUGUUUUUCCUUCUUUUUUUCUUUAUUUUUUCUUAAUUUCCGUAAGGCUUCUCUUUGUUUAAUCAAAAAAAAGAAAGGACAAAAAAGUUUCUACUGUGUUUUGUUUGUGUGUUGUUGUGUAUAGGAGUUUGGGGAGGACUUACUUAACUUACUGCUAGUCAGAUAUAUGCUUGUGUUCAGGAAGUUUACUCAAACACACACACUCACACACUCACACACUCUCACACACACACACACACACACACACACACACACCACACUCCUCCAGCAGCCAGUAAGUCCCACCCGGAAGGCCAGACAGUUCUCUUUCUCGUGUGCCAUUACUCAGUACCAAUCUAAUACAUCUAUCACCCAGCGCCUCCUUCCCUCCCCCAAUCACCCCAUUCCCAUUGAGUGAGAGUCCUCAUUCAGAACAGACCAUACUAGCUGAACGCAUGGGACACAUGCUCUUAACUGAAAGCCCAGUCAUUACAGAGCAUAUAGAGCUUGACUGUGGAACGGAUGCGGCCCAGCUCUAGCCUGGGUCUGUCUCAGAGUCUUCAAUAAAAGAGUGGGCAAAACGCACACUAAAGUCUUUAGGAGGUGCUGGUACUAACAGCAAGAUUCACACAGGAAGAAAAAUAGGAAAAAGUACAGCAUACUCACGAGUACACUGAGUUUGAGGUACUUUUUUUUUCCUAUUUUUUUUUUUACCUGUCUCUGCCUACUUAGUAGGAAUGGUGAAUGUGUUUUGAGGUUGUUUUGAAAGGAUUGCCCGUGGAACGUUAUAUCACAUACCCUCUGCGUGUGGUACGGAGGGAACGUGCGGUUCUAGAGGGUUUGGAAGUUCUAGCGAAGGACGAUCAGGUAGACUGAAGCCCUUGCUGGGCCACCGUUCCUCUGCGUUGGUGUCUGUAGGUGCUUUAGGCGGCCCAGCCCUCCUUGGCACGCCACAGACCACGGAGCAGAGCGCAAGCCCUCAUUUUACUCUUUAAGUGUCACAUAAACAUGUCCAUAAGGAACAGUCCUGUUCAAUAAAUUAACCUCAAUAUGAUUAAAAGCGUGUAAAGUUAAAAAA